AUGGAUGGAGACACACAGUCUGACAAAGUUGAAGAUGUUGUGGGCUGCCAUGUAGAAGAUGCUGUAACAUUCUGGGCACAGAGUGUCAGUAAAUAUAAUGACUUAUGGAAAAUAAGUUGUGAACUGGCAGAAGCUUGUCCUCAGGCUAAUGCAAUUUUUGGCACACCUGAUUUUAGUAAGAUUUAUGGUGGCUGUUUUUCUGAAGAUAAGUGUUGGUACAGAUGUAUGGUACAGCAAGUGAUCAACAAUGAAAAGUUUCAAGUCUUUUACAUUGACUAUGGAAACUCUGAGGUUCUGAAUAGACCAGACAUAGUUGAAAUUCCACCAAACUUGCAAUGUCCAGGUACUGCCAAGAAGUACAGACUCUGGGGACUGCAGAUACCAAGUAAUCAGAACUUAAACAUGUUUGACCAGGGGAAAAAGUUCUUGAACAGCCUAGUUUAUGAGAAAGUAAUUAAAAUACAUUACAAAGCCAAGCAUGAAGAUGGUACCAUUGUUGCCCAGGCAAAAUAUGAAAAAACAGAUAUUGGAGAAGAGGUGGCCAGGGCAGGGUUUGCUGAAAAACAUUCAUCUCCAGGAAACACUAAAGAUGUGGAAGAGAGAAGAGCAGAUGUCACGCAAAAUCCUCAUCAGAAGACAAAAGCUUCGGUUCUGCCAUGGCUUAACAGGCCUCAUCAUGGACUAUACAACACCCCAAGAGGGAAAUUUGAUCAUGUAACUGUUGCCACAAGGAAACAGAAUGAUACUGGAAACCGUAUGUUUGCCCCAAAGGAAAAAAUACAAGCUUCUGCUUCAGUGCCAGAUACCAGCUUUGCACAAACAAGACCAGAUCGGAAACUGAAUGAAGAGAUGGAAGUUCUCAGAAGAGAGAAUGCUAAUCACUUAAAGAGGCAGAGGGAGCUGGAACUGCAGAAUCAGCAGCUUAAACUUGAACUUCAGAGAGAGAAGGAAGCAUCCAAGAAAACUGCUGAAAACUUUGAGGAAACCCUAAGUACUUACAUUGGCACAAAGAUGAGAAAUUUGACUGCUAAGGUGAAGGUAUUGAAACAAACUAGGCACACAAACAAGAACUAUUGUUUUCAGGAGCAGCUCUCAGAAAUUAUAAAAAUGGUUACAGAAGGAUGUCUCCCUGUUCCGCCUUCCUUGGAAAAAAUGGAAACGACCUGGACAGAGUAUAAGCUGGCUCAAGAGAGGAUUCAGUUAUGCAGAAAUGUGGAUGAAAGAGAGGAACUGAUUACCCAGAGAGAUGAGGUGCAGCAGAACUUGUGUUCAGCAGUGGAAGAAUUAAUUUUGGAAGUGGAUCAGCUGCCCCUCUCUGAGCGCUCAAGAACGUUACAGGAACUGUCUCCUUCUCUGGAGAUGAUGGCUGGUCAAGGUUCUGAAGUAGAUGACUCUGAGGAGGCAUUUCAGCAGUUCUUUGAGUGGAAGAGUACCAGAAUGAAUAAAUUGAGCCAUGUCAGAAAUGAUACUGACACAGCUCUGCAAAUUUUUGCUGAUUGCUUUGGUGGCAUCUUAAAGUGUUUUGACAUGAUGUCAGAAGCAUCUUCAGAUUUAGAGGAAGUGAUUGGCAAUGCAGAUGAAAUUCUCAAACAGGUUGAGUUGGCUAUUUGUGAUGAACUGGACAAUAACUUAAAUGAACAGGAUGAAGCAGAGAAGAGAAUCGUUAGGAGUGCUUGCAAUAAACUUACGCACAAAGUUCAACAGGAGCAAAGUAUGAUCACUGUCAUACAAAACAGAUACUCAGCUGGUGUUGAGCUCAAAAAGCAUUGUGAAGAAUGGCUGAAUAGAAGACCCAAUAUUGACAACUUGCUAUCAGUUAAGAAGACUGUGAAAAGCUUAAAGGCCCAGUUAAGGUGCAAGCUGGUUGAAAAGAACAACUUUGAGGAAUCUGAUGACUACAGUGCAUUUGAAAUGACAAGAAUUAAAGAAGAAAUUGCUGAUCUGCGAAAUAGAGUUCUUCAGGAAAUAUCCAAGGAGCAAGAAGAAUAUGAGAAGCUUGCUCAUUUGGCACAGAAAUGGUUCCCUGAGUUACCACUACUUUAUCCAGAAGCAGGAAUUCUGAACUAUAUGAACUCUGGUGGACUUCUGACAUGUAGCCUGGAGCGAGAGCUUUUGGAUGCUGAGCCCAUGAAGGAACUGAGCACGAAGCGACUUUCAGUGUGUUCAGGAAUUCAGGGUCAGAAGGUUCUUUUAAAGGGUUACUUUGUAGAUACAAGCUCAGAAGCCAAAGUGGUUGAAAGAGUUGCCAAGUAUCACAGAGCCUGGAAUCAGCAGAAGGACAAGUCUGGAUUACUGCAACUGUUGUUCCUUCUUUUCUGCAAGUCUGAUCCCUUGGUGUACUUAAUGGUCCCGUACUACCCAGGAUCAAGUCUGGGAGCUUUACAGGCUGGUACACCUUUAACUUUAGAAGAGGCAUUAAAAGUCAUGAAAGGAGUGGCCCAAGGUCUACAAACAUUGCAUGGAGCUAAUAUAGUACAUGGAUCUCUGCAUGGAAAUAAUGUUUUUGCUGUAAAUCGUGAACAAGGAAUUGUUGGAGACUUUGAUUUCACAAAAUCAGAGGAACAGCGUGCUACUGCUAACAGUAUGGUCAUCGGUACCCUGAGCUUAGUUUCUCCUGAACUGAAAAUGGGAGAGCCAGCUUCUCCAGCCUCUGACAUGUAUGCUUAUGGCUGCCUUCUGCUCUGGCUUUGUGCUCAAAACCAGGAGUUGGAUGUAAAAGAAGAUGGAACACCUGAGCUGGAUGUAGUUGUCAUGGAUGAUAGAGUGAAAUCUCUUCUCUGGAAAUUGUUCUGCUCUACCAGACUGAGUGCUGAGCAGGUGCUGAGGGAUGAUUGCUUCCUGGGAGUUGAUGUGAUUCCAGUUUCGCAUGGGCCAGGUGAAGAGUAUGGCCCAUGUAACCAAUGA